AAAACCCAACCCGAAUAGAAAGCCCGAAUUAACAGUUAAAUUUAGAAAACUAGCGAAAUGUAAAAUUUUCGACGGAACUUUGAAGCGAGAAGCCUCAGAACCUGCGAACGCCGAUCAGAAAAGGUAUAAGAAAAUGGAGACAGAGGUAAUUGAAGCAGAGUUAGUGUUACCUAACUAUCUUAGUUUUAAGAGAAUUCAAAUGUAUGAUAAAUACCCUAAAGGUCAAUCACGUGGUAGACACUGGAAACAUCUUAAGCAGAUUAUUCAAGCUGAGAAUUACCAGAAUUACCCUCCUGAUGAACCCAAUUAUGUGAAUAUUGAGUCACCUCCUUCUAUGCAUCCCUGCAAGAGAAUUUGCGAUAUUACAGGCUACGAGGCACCUUACUAUGAUCCUAAGACUAAUCUCCGGUACGCGAAUACUGACGUUUUCAAGACGAUCAGAGCACUUCCUAAUGAUAAUGUGCAAAGAUACCUAUCUCUGAGGAAUGCAGCAGUUGUUCUUAAGUAGUUCUGUCACUUACCCUGACUUCUGAGACACCUUAUUCUUAUUCCUUGAUGUUUUCUUUUAUCAAUUGCUGUAUUAAAUCUUUUAAGAUGUUAAAUAGAUUUAGGAGGUGUUUGGAAUAGCUUAAAGAUGAUUAGCAGAAUGUUUGUAAAUUUCCUAUAUGGAAUAAAACAAUGAUUAACAGUUUCCUAAUCAUCUUAUUCCAUAUAUGCAUGAAUAGUUAUCAAUUACUUUCUUGUA